ACAUGUUCAUCGGCAUGUCAAAGCCAUUAGCGCUUCCGGUGGUGCCCAUUGUGCGACAUCCCACCCGUCCAGCAGUGGUUUGGGCCGUUGGAAGUUGUGUCUUCUUCUACGACCUCCAGCAGAAGACCUGCGCCCGACCACUAGGUGAUGGAUCCUCCAGCGCCAUUCGUGCGCUGGAUGCACGACAUGACGCCGAGAGAGGGACGCUGACGUGGCUUACGGCAGGUGAUGAGAAGUUGUUGACCACCUGGUUGGAAACUGAGGCAGGCGGACAGUGGCAACAACAAGAGCAGCUAAGUUGCCAGAAGAAACUCGCAGCCGCCAUUUUCGAUGGAGAUGGACGCAUCAUCUUUGCAGAUCGUUUCGGAGAUGUGUGCCGCUGGUCCGGGGGGGAGCCUGAGCUUCUCUCCAGUCAUUUCGCCAUCGUGACGGCCUUGGCUCUCUCGCCGUGUCAACGCUUCUUGGUGGUGGGCGACAACCACGAGCGCGUGCGAAUAAGCUGCUACCCUGAGGCUGCUGAAAUCCGUAGCUUUUGCUUCGGGCACCAGAUGCAGAUCACUGCAGUGGCUUGCGAGAAGGACUUGCUGCUUUCAGCAUCUGCAGAUGGCACCCUACGGCUUUGGAACCUGGAUGGAGAGGAGCAAAAAUGUUGGACCUUGGAUGCUCCCAUCAGCUGCCUGAGCUAUGAAAAUGGCACAGCCGUGCUGGGACUUGAGGCGCCCCAAGCGCAAGUGGCACAGCUGAAGGUCGAUACGGGUCAGGUUGACACACUCAUCUCUGAGGUGGUUUUGCCCUCCUCCAGAGGGGUUGGAAGAGCUGUUAUCUCCAUUGCGAUCUGCCAUGUCGAAAAGGGCCCGGUUGUCCUGCCCGAAUGGGUGCAGCGAGUGCCCAAUAGGUUGGCAGCCCCUACCACGGUGGACGCAGCUCGACCUUGA